GGACUGCGCGGAUGUGCAGGCUGGUCUGGAUCCAUGCUUGUCGCAAACCAAUUAUGUUGGUUUUGUCGUGACGCGGCUCAUAUAUCGUUAUCACAUCCGGUGAAGUGAUUGCCUUUUAUACGAGUGUUUAGUAGUCAGAGGAUAACUGUUGUCAUAUUUUUCUCUUUCUUUAUUUUUGAAGAAUUCUUUAAUAGAAAAUUGCCAAGUGUUUGCGAAAAUGUAGAACAAACAAGCUAGUAGUUCUCCCUUUUGCGUUAAAACGCUCAGUUUAAAUAUUUUACAGAAACAAAUAAAUUGAAACACAUUUUAUAGGGAACACCUCACGAGCGUUGCCGAAAAUCUAUCGAAGAUCUAUAUGUGCAUUAAUUGUAUAUGACAGGUUAAUAAAAUCAAACAGUCCGAGGUUAUUGUGAAUAAUAGCCGAGGAAUUCGGAUUAGGCCAAACAAUAAUGAUAAAUUAUUUCCUGUUUCGAGUAAUAAUUUGCCCCUUCUUAUUUCCCCCUCCGUGAUAACGCUUUGUUUACAUAUUUUUAAUGUAAAAUUUAUGAUUUUAAAACGGUUCAAACAUGUGAAACAAACAUCGUUCUUGGUGUCUGUUCAUGCAAUGAACAAUAGGCGAAAUAUCGCCCCCGAAACUCUUAGGGUCCAGACCAGAAUAGUUUUGUAUCAAAAUAGAAAUCCGAAAAACUAGAUCAGACUGCUGAGACAUUAACUUUAAAGUCCCAAAACUGUAACUUACCCCACCUUCCUGCCCCCACCCUUCCCCGGAAUUUGUAAAUAUUUGUCCAUUCCCAAACUAUAUAUAUGGUGCCUCAUAUAUACAGUUGUUAUGUGCAUAAUACAGUUCUUAUUGCCAUUUUGAAGUUAUAUAUUUACAUUAUCAAAUAUGUUUCGUAUGUUUUGAAGAAGGAAAAUGUUUAUUUUCAAGCAUACAAUGUAUUAAAUAUAACAAUGGAAAAGAUCGUUUUGUAUAUGAAUUUAUGCAAUUAUUAAAACAUAUUUUAGCUGCAGUUAUGCAUUGUUAAAGUUAAACAUAGCAUCUGAAUAUAGUGUUACAUAUAUAUCUACUUCUUAUUCGCCCUAUGCAUUAUCAGAUCCAAAGCAUGCAAAAUUAAAGUUAUUAAACGCCUCAGCCUUUUAUAUAUUAUAUAGAAAGAUUGUCACUGAUUAAGCUUUUUUCUGCUCUCUUUUCAGAACUUCAAUGCGAUCUGAUUAAAUUCUACAGAAAAAGGUGUAGUUCAAUACCUCUCUCACCGCUUCUUGAAGAAAAAGAGACACCUCUAGCUGGGUUCUACGUGAUGCCAGAUAUAGUCGCCGUAAAGCAGAAGUCCGAAAUUUGUCAUGAAGAGGAGAGAACACCGAUCAAGUCUUUGGGUGACCUUUUCUCAACUGAAAGUGAGGAUCAGCAAGAAAUCUAUUUAUUAGCUGACGCAGGCUUUGGAAAAACUGCUUUUUCAAAAUAUCUUGCAAUAGCGUGGUGUCAAGCUCAUUGUCCAGACGAACAAUGCGAUGCUAAUAAGUGUUUUGAGGAUAAUGAGUUAAAAGCUCUAUCUAAGUUUGAGUUCUUAUUUUUGGUUUUCUUAAGAGAUCAUACCUCUGUUUCUCACAUUGACGAUAUGAUUAGACAGCAAUUUUCUUUGUAUCUUCCUUCAUUGAAAUCGCUAGAUGAAAGUUCAUGUAAAGCAAAACUAAAUGAAGUUUUAAGUAGAGAAAAAUGCUUGCUUAUAUUGGACGGUCUCGAUGAAUGGAAUCACCCAGGUAAAAGUUGUAGCGAAGUAACAGCAGAAAUCCCACAUAGGUGCGUACGUGAUAACUGUGUGAUCUUAACGACAACUCGACCGUGGAAGCUUGGAGUUUCAAAUCUCAAAACAAGUCAAAUGGACAAAAAAGUAGAAUUGGUUCAAUUAAGUGCAGAUUCUACGCGGCAACUAGAAGAAAAUGCUAUAAGGAAAAUGACCGGUGUCCAUGACGAUAGAGUAUUGCAGAGUAAAAGACAGGACUUUAAUAAAUUGAUACGUGACCGUCGCCUAGAGCACAUGCAAGUGAUUCCACUCCUCCUCAUGUAUAUAGUUUGCCUAUGGUGUAACAACAUUCCUAUAGGAAAUUCAAAACAUGAAAUUUACACCAAUAUCAUUGAAUUUCUAUUAUCGAGAACGUCAAAGAAACACCCGGAAGUUCAACCAUCUCGUGAAUCGUCUGCCAGUGAAAUUCCAGAUUACUUCAAAAGUCAUGAAUUUUGUAAAAAGUUUUACAGUCUUAUAACAUCAUUAGCAGAACUAGCUUACCAAACAUUAUUUAACGAAAACAGAGAAAACACGCUUGUAUUUGAUAGAACGGUUGCUGAAAAAUAUCUCAAAGCAGACGACAUGAAAUUAAGUCUUCUCUCAGGAAUACUGUCAGAAAGUAGAAGUAAAACUUUAAUCAAAGAAAUUAUCAAAGUAUCGUUUUCUCACAAAACAGUGCAAGAAUUCUUUGCCGCCAUAUUUAUAAGUUCUCAAAGUGACGCUCAGAAAAUUGUUGUAGAAAAAUGUAGAAAUGUUCAAGACAUUCUGGACAUGUCAAAAAUUUGUGAAUUUAUAAGUAAAAUGAAUGCUGACCUGGUGUGUGCAAUAUCAAAUGAUUUGAUGUCUGUGAUAAAUGAAGACGAGAAAACACGCGACUAUAGAACUAGGACAGGUUACGAGUACAUGUACAAUAAUCCAUUGUAUAACAUACAGAAAAUGUUCAUGUCGUGUUUACAAGAAAUGCCUGAAAGUGAAAAUAUUCAAUUAUGUUUACAAGAUUUCUUCAUUGAAGGGAACACCGACGUGCACAGUGAGCAGUUACAACGUUUAUUAAACCAAAAUAAAACCAACAUAAAAUCACUUAAUAUAGCAACCCUGAUUACUUCCAGCAGUUUACGUGAAAUUAUAGAUUUAUUCUCUCUCACAGAUCUUAGUCAUAUACAGAAACUUGUCUAUUGUGGUGACAAGAAGGAGGCUGAGAUAAGUCGGAUAUUAUUUCCCAGUUUACAGUCCGUUACUUUGUUGCUUGGUACAUGGAGAAAUGAUGAAGAAAAUCUGAAUGAAAACAUGGCGCGAUGUCAAAACUUACAAUAUUUAGAUAUUAGACUCUUCACGUUAUCUCACAAAAUACUGGAAACAAUUUUCAAUUUUAUCUCAGGUCAAAAAUCAAUGAAAGAGUUAACAUUGAUCUGCUUAUACUGUAAAGAACAUGGCCGCCAUGAUUGUAAGAGAUUGAACUUGGACUUGUCUCAACAUUCAACUCUAUCAAAGUUACACUUGGAGAAGUUACCUUGGAGGCUACAACUGAAUAUAUCAACACCGUCAUUAGUUGCUGUUACGUUGUCGGACAUCAAUCUAGAUGAAAGUUCAUUGUUACUGCCACGUGACAUGGUGAAUAUUGAAUGUGUGGAGUUGGAGUAUAUAGAAAUGCCUGCAGGAAGUUUACAGAACUUAAAAACCGUGCUGGAAAAUCUGCCGCAGUCAGUUACAGUAGCGAUGAAAGCCAUUAAACCGGAAACAGAAUAUGACCGUGUUAGAGAAAAUAUUCGGAGAUCACAAACUUUUCAUGUGAUACAAGAAGACUGGAGGCAGCCAUUUGAGUUCAAAACAAUAAAACCAAGCAAAGAAUAGACAAGAAAAAACAUUGUGAAAUAAAUUGAAGAAGUUACUUCAAUAAUUUUAAAUAAACAAAACAAUUUAAAUAUGGACAUUUAGAAACAAAAUGGCGGUUCUUCGAACUACAUUAUAGUCUUCAAUUAGGACAUACAUGUAAUAUACGUUUCCAAUUAAAACAUUAAUUGACAAUUGAUUAUAGAUUUAAAAAAUAACUGAUAUAAAUAAUUCAUGGAAGUUUUUUACAAGUUUUUUACGGAACUUAAUGGAUAUAAAAGUUGGACAAGGAUAUGGAAAUAUUUCACAGCGGCAUUGGAUCAUCAUGCAAAACCUCUUGUGACGUUUACCAUUAUGAUUUGUGUGGUGAUAGAUCAAUUUUAUUGGGAUGAUUGGAUAUGUUUUGAACAACUUCUUUGGAAACAGAAGUUUCAUGUUUCUUGCAUGUCAAG